CCAGGCCCGGGUCUCACCCAUGACCCGAUGAAGGAAGAGAGGAGAUGAAGAGAAAAGGAGAAGAAAACCGAACGCCCGCUUCAUUCAUUUUUGCUACUAAAGAAAAGAAGGGGUCUUUGCUUGUUCAAUGAAUGCACUUUUGCUUUAUAGUCACCCAUUUUGCAAGUAAAGAAGCCAUAAACUACAAAAGAAAUUGAUUCAAACUCGAAUCCGCCAUCAGUGUGUUUUGCUUCUUUCCCACAUUUGUUUCUAUCUUUAUCCUUCAUCUUAAUCUAACCCACAUUUUCAUCUUCAAAAUCAACGGGAACCCACCCACGAUGGUUAAGAGGCAGUCGAAUGAAGAGCUUCAGACGAUGUGCUUCUCUGAUUUAUUCAAUAAAUUAAAACGGUUCAGACUCUUAGAACCUUCUUUGGGCAUUCUGGGGUUCUUCCUUGUCACUGUUUGUGUUAUUUGCGGUUUCUUCUACUUGGAUUACAGGGCUGCGGUUAAAGGGUUUGGGUUUUUAGCGGAAUCGAAUAGGUUUGUGUGGCUUAAAUCUGUUGGGUCCAAUGGGAAUCAAAGAGUUGAGUUUUUGAGUGACAAAGGGUUUGAUUGUGAUGUGUUUGAUGGUGAUUGGGUUUGGGAUGAAUCUUACCCACUUUAUCAAUCUACAGAUUGUCCCUUCUUAGAUGAAGGGUUUAGAUGCUCUGAAAACGGAAGACCCGAUUACUUCUACACUAAGUGGCGUUGGCAACCCAAAGCCUGCAACUUGCCCAGAUUUGAUGCAAAGAUUAUCCUUGAGAGACUUCGCGACAAGCGGUUAGUAUUUGUUGGAGAUUCAAUUGGGAGAAACCAAUGGGAGUCUCUAUUGUGUUUGUUAUCUGGUGGGGUUUCCGAUAUUGAUUCAAUUUACGAAGUAAAUGGCAGUCCGAUUACGAAACACAAGGGGUUCUUAGUGUUCAAGUUUGCUGAUUUUAACCUAACCGUCGAGUAUUAUAGGGCCCCGUUUCUCGUAUUACAAAGCAGGCCGCCUGCCGGAGCUCCGGCGAAUGUAAGAACCACUUUGAAGUUGGAUCAGAUGGACUGGAGUUCAAUACAGUGGAAAGACGCAGACGUGAUUAUAUUUAACACCGGACAUUGGUGGAAUUACGAGAAGACCAUUAGAGGUGGUUGUUACUUCCAAGAAGGAUUGGAUUUGAAGUUUGAUAUGGAAAUUGAUACUGCCUAUAGGAAAUCGCUAACAACAGUGUUUGGAUGGAUCCGUGAGGCGGUUAACACCAACAAGACGCAAGUGUUCUUUCGCACUUACGCCCCUGUCCAUUUCAGAGGCGGGCACUGGAAUACAGGGGGAAACUGUCACAUGGAAACUCUACCGGACCUGGUUUCCUCAUUGGUACCAACUCAGACAUGGGAUCGUUACAACAUAUUUGAGGACGUGUACUCGGGCCAUUCAAACGUGUCAAGUGCAAAAGUUGUUAACUUAUUAAACGUGACCAUGAUGACUGCCCGAAGAAAAGAUGGACAUUCAUCGCUAUACUAUCUUGGUCCAUUCAUAGGCCCGGCUCCACUCCACAGACAGGAUUGUAGCCAUUGGUGUCUGCCCGGUGUGCCCGAUACAUGGAACGAACUGCUCUAUGCUUUGUUGUUGAGGCGUGGGUCAGCAUCAGCUUUUUCGGGCUAAAGGCUUGUAAUUUAUACACAAUAGGAUUAUUGCAAAUUUUUUAGGGUUAAUUUAAUUUUCAUCAUGGUAUGGUUGAGAAUGUUGAGAUUUUUCUUUUUAAUCUUUUCUAGGGGUCAACAAAUAUGUAGGUUACAAUAAGUUAGCUAGUGACAAGUUUUGUUUAUAGGCUUAUAGCUCUUUUUAUUUACAGGAACAACUCUAAAUUUGUAUAGUUUAUUUCAUAGUAUUUCAAUAUCUACUUUUAAAAUUU